UUCUAGCCCACCAUGCAGUUUUUUAUCAACUUGUGACACCAAAAACAUUUACUCACCAUCAAAUUCUAUCAUUCUUUUAUGCUUCUGGAUCGAGAAUGAGGAAUGCAACAUCAUCCAUGGCAGCAAAGUUUGCAUUUUUCCCGCCGAACCCACCUUCCUACUACAUAAUUGUGGACGAAGAAACUGGGAAAAUGAAGUUCUCAGAUGUUAAUUACAUGAGAGAUAAGGUGGACCUAUUGAAGCUGAGAACCAAGAGGGGGAAUGAGAUUGUGGCUAUGUAUGUGAAGAACCCAUCAGCUUCGUUGAAAGUGCUAUAUUCCCAUGGAAAUGCUGCUGAUAUUGGUCAGAUGUAUCAUACUUUCACUGAGCUCAGUGUUCAUCUGAAUGUUAAUCUUUUGGGAUAUGAUUACUCAGGAUAUGGACAAUCCACUGGAAAGCCAAGUGAGCAGGACACAUAUGCAGACAUAGAGGCAGCUUUCAAAUGUUUGGAGAUGUAUGGAGUAAAACAGGAAGACACAAUAUUGUAUGGGCAAUCAGUUGGGAGUGGACCUGCUUUAGAAUUAGCCAUUCGGUUGCCUCGCUUGAGGGGUGUAAUUCUGCACAGUCCAAUCUUGUCUGGUCUUCGUGUCAUGUAUCCGGUCAAGCGUACAUUAUGGUUCGACAUUUACAAGAACAUUGAUAAAAUCCCUCUAGUCGGCUGCCCUGUUCUGGUGAUUCAUGGAACUGAAGAUGAAGUGGUGAACUUUUCUCAUGGGAAGCAACUUUGGGAACUAUGUAAAGAGAAGUAUGAGCCAUUGUGGCUCAAAGGUGGGAACCAUUGUAAUUUGGACCCUGAGUACCUAAGGCACCUUAAGAAGUUCAUAUCAGCCAUCGAGAAACUUCAACAUCCACGCUGUGUAUUGGACCCGAAACCCAAUGAUCAAUCCCACCAAGCUCCGAGCAAUGCCGACCAAAACAAGGAGAAAUCCAGACCAAGCACUGACCAUAGAGACAAGGGUAGGCCAAGUUUUGUGCAUAGAGAAAAAUCCAGGCUAAGCACAGACAGUAGAGACAAAGCAAGAGCCAGUGUUGAAAAAAAAGAGAGACCGAGAAGGAGCACGGAUCGCCAUAUAAAAGCUAGGAACAGCACAGAUCAUCCAGAUAGAGCAAGGAAUAGUUUUGGCAGACUGGGUGAUAUGGUACGAUCUGUCGGAUUGUGCAAUGUUGAUUGUUUGAAGCAGACAGCUGCUGAGGUUUGAGUUGUUAAGGAUUCUGUUGAGUUUAUCAGUUGCCGCAGUUUGGGAUGUUUUCUGUAACAGCAGUUGGUCGUAUGUCUCAUACGUAUGCACGAACAUCCUCAUCAGAUCAUUUUCAUUUUU